AAUAUGGACACUUAUCUUAUCAUAUUAAGUCUGACUGAUAAAAAUAUAAACAAAUUCACACAUGUAUCAUCUAAUGAGGUCAGUACUUCCGACAUACACAUAGAAGGGAAGACAACAAUUGAAAUGUUACUAUAGGAGAGAGGUCAAAACAUGGAAAAUGAAGAAGAACAUUAUCCGUCCUACAAUCAUUGUGUCCAUACUACUUGUUAUAUUUCUUACAAUGGUGAUGAUGAAGGUUGAUAGAUCGAAAAUGGUCACACAGUUUUUACCAUUUAAUCAGACAAACUUAGAACCAAAGAAACAGGUAGCUUCAGAUACAUCUCAGGAUUCAUGGAAAAAUGCAAAAAGAAAGGAAACAUAUAAGGAUGUAUGGACAAAUACAAAUAGAAGUCUCACUGUUGUAACAGCAUUUUUUAAUCUCGGGAAAUUUCCGAAAGGUUCAUUUUCAAAUAUCAGAACACCGGAGUCAUACAAGGUUUGGAUGUCUGUGUACAAAUAUCUUAAAAAUCCAUUAAUAAUUUAUACAGAUUCCAAAAAGUUUGCCGAUUUUUUUACAGAACUACGAAACAAUUCAGCAUUUACCACAAAAAUAAUAAUAUUCUCUAGAGAUGACCUAUGGACAUUCCACAUCAAACCACAAAUAGCAAAACUUUAUUCCAAACCGGGAUACCCAAAGCACUAUCCGAAUACAUACAUACCGGAUUACACAUGUAUGACUCAUUCAAAGCUGACUCUGGUUGCAAAAGCAAUUAAUUCAAAACUACUGGCAUCAGACUACUAUUCUUGGAUAGACUUAGGCUAUUUCCGUGAUAUUUCUAGUCGUAAAAAAUAUUUCUAUUUAGAAGUUCCUACUGAUUUUGACAAUUCCAAAGUUGGUGUCACUCAAGUAUAUAAUGUACCUUUAAAGAAAGUUUCAGCAAGAUCUAUCAUACUCGGAAAUAAGAAUUGGAUAGGUGGUGGACUAUUUUUAGGAAAACCAGACGUUUUAAAAAAGUUUGAAUCUCAAUAUAAAGAUAGAGUUUUGUAUUAUUUGUCACAGGAACUGAUGAACGUAGAACAACAUAUUUUAUAUUCAAUGUACACAGCUGAGGAGAGAAAGAAAAAUCCCAUUACCGUCGAAGUUCAACCAUACCUACCAGGGAAACAAAAAGUUCUAUCCGGUGAUCCAUGGUUUUAUUUAGGAUUUUUAAUGUAUAAUGAAAACAUCAACGCGUCAUAUCGGUCGUAAAUAAACCAAAUAUCGUGGUAUCUCUAUGUAAGUGUUGCUUCGUGCAUAACCAUCCCAGGUCAAAUGUUGUUGCUUGGUAAAUUAAAUCAACACAUGAUUGUUACCAAACUUUCAUUUAAAUCUGCUAACAGUACAUAAUAAACAUCCUGAAUUUA